AUGGAACUUUCGUUCCUUGCGAUUGGCUACGCCACACGAAUUGCCGAGAUUCAGGAAUUCUGCAUGUUUGCAUCCAUUGGCCUUGUCAUCGAUUUCUAUAUGCAGAUGUUCUUCUACGCUCCUUGUCUUACAUUCGAUCUUCAGCGACUGAGCUUAGAAGAGAAAAGAAAGUUCGCUUUGCAACUUUUCAACACUGAUAUUCCUCAUCUGAGCGAUUUCGUUCCAGUAAGAUGUCCCAUGCGGAAGUUAUGGCCAUCGUUUUUCGAGUCGAAAAGAAGGAAAAAGAGACGGCUUUCUGAAUCACAAAUUGAUGAAAGAGACAUUCAAGAAGACAUCGAUAGAAAAGGACGUUGCCGUUCAAACUCUGCAGACUGGAGCUAUGGAGGAGCUCAACCGUAUCGGAACCCGGUUUCCAGUAAUCGACUCAGAAUUUUGUAUUUUGUCACAAGAACUAGAAUUUUCCAGCGUUCUCUCAUGGUCAUAUUCGCUAUUUGGACGAUUUGGUUGGCUUUUGUUGUGCAUGAACAUGGCAACUUUCCUUUCAACUCCUCGAGUUUGCAAGAAGGUCGAAUACCUUUCAUUGGUUCUCAGUCUCCACAUGAGGUGGCCAGCGUUGUUCGCCGAGUUCAACAUGAGUUUGUCGGGAAGUUACAUUACCUUCCUACCGCCAAUCAUUCUGAAAACAUCGGUAAUGCUUCUGACCCAUUUCUUUAUCCCAAAUCGUCGAAAAGAGAUGCUCAUUCUAAGCAGACACCACAUCAGCUGGAAUCCGACAGUCGCAGUGCACUCAAAUCUCGCAUUUCGUGGCUGGAAGCGCAGCUGCGCUUUUACUUGGCAGUCGUUUGGCUAAUGUUGCUGGUGUGUGUGAUCGCUUUCAUUUUGUACGUAUGUUUUUGGGGACGAUGGCGAACCGAUCGUAUCCGAAACAAGGAGGCAGCCUUAGUAUCUCCGAAAUCCGUUUCACCACGUGGUAGCAUUAUGGAAACAAGUGCCACCUCGAAAUCCAUCAUAGAAUCGCUGCCGAUAGUGUUUUCUGGGCAUCGUUUUCCAAUUGAAAGCAGCGCCCUCUGCAAUCAAUCACGACUGCUUACCUGUUGCCAGGAGGGAAAAGUUUGUCUGUGGAAUAUCGAAUCAGGUGUGACUUUUUAUAAUGCAGAUGAUCACUGUUGUUGA